AUGUUGGCACUAUAUGAAAAUGAAAUUCAGGCAAAUAGAAGAGUGACCAUUCGAUUUGAAAAGAAAAUACAAACAUAUUAUUGCUUCUAUCAUCGAACCGAUGAUCUACACUCUCAUUUAAUCUUGUCCUACGAUCUCAAUAAAAAUCAAUGGAAUGUUGAUACCAUGGAAUUCAAAACUACAUUUGAAAAAGCAAUAAACGAUCUAUUUAAAUCUGAACGUAUACCAUUUGAAGAACAACUUCGAUAUGUAAUUAACUAUCUCGAUACAUAUUUUCAUGAUCUAUCACAAUCAGAGAAAAUGACGCUUAACCUUGGUCUUCCACGUUCGUAUUCUUUGCCGUGGUUUCGACGUUUACGCGACAUUCGUCGUUGGUCUAGUCAAGACGUUCUUACUGAACAACCAGCUUUACUACAACGAUAUUCUGCACCGGAGAAACCAUCUGAGGCAAAGAUUGACGAACAAAUCUUAUCAGUCAAAGGCUUAAGUCGAUCUUUUCAUGCAGAUAAUGACUGUCGAUAUCGGACAAAGACAUUUGCAUCAUCCCUUGAAUAUCCCAACGAAUCCAAUCAGACAAGAAUCUUAAGCAAGGCGCCAGCAAUCAGUGAGAUAUGGUUAAAUGUUUGCGUAGAAGGAAUGGAUGGCUCGAAAGAAAACAUCGAAAAAUAUACGAGUGAAGAGAAAUUGAAAAAAUUAGCAGAAAAGUUCGUCACAUAUUUCGGCGGUACAUUUCAAUGCAAUAUCGGACAGAAUUAUCAGCUUGAAUAUGAUGGUCGUAUGUGGAAUUUUAUCGUUCAUAAAUAUGAAUUUUGCACACACAAAACUGAUCAAAAUACAAAGGCACCAAAGAGUAAAAUUAUCUUUCUUAUUCAUGAUAUUCCACAUUAUGUCCGUGGUUGA